CGUACAUCCCCCUGCCUGCAGAACUCCCCCACUCCGGAGCCUGAUAUCUUCUCACUCCAAACGGUCCUGUCCCUUCCGAGGGUGUGAGGAGAAUACACAGGCCGAAAUGGCGAGACUCGUGUUCGUUCUCUCGUUCCUUCUCUUCUUGCUAUCAGGGGCUAUGGCUGCAACCUUCACCUUGACAAACAACUGCGAGUACACCGUAUGGCCCGGCGUGCUUUCGAGCGCUGGCACGGCCCCGCUGUCCAUAACGGGAUUCGCGUUGCAGCAGGGCGAGUCCCGCAGCCUCGACGUGCCCGCUGCGUGGUCCGGCCGCUUCUGGGGCCGCACCCUCUGCGCCGCCGACGCCAGCGGCAAGUUCAGCUGCGGCACCGGCGACUGCGGGUCCGGCGCGGUGGAGUGCUCCGGCAGCGGUGCUGCCCCCCCCGCCACCCUCGCGGAGUUCACGCUCGACGGCAGCGGUGGGAUGGACUUCUACGACGUUAGCCUUGUGGACGGAUACAACCUGCCGAUGCUGGUGGUGCCGCAGGGCGGCUCCGGCGGUGCCUGCAGCUCCACGGGCUGCCUGGUGGACCUUAAUGGGGUCUGCCCGUCGGACCUCAAGGUGGUGCUCCCGACCUCCGAAGGGGGCAGCGAAAGCGUGGCGUGCCGGAGCGCGUGCGAGACCUUCGGGUCGCCGCAGUACUGCUGCAGUGGCGACUACGGGAACCCCAGCACCUGCAAGCCGUCUUCCUACUCCCAGUUCUUCAAGAACGCGUGCCCCCGGGCGUACAGCUACGCCUAUGACGACGCCACUUCCACUUUUACCUGCGCCUCCGCCAACUACCUCAUCACCUUCUGCCCCAGCACCACGAGCCAGAAAUCGUCGGACUCGAAUCCGGAGGCGGCAGGCAUUCCGUCGAGCAACAACAGUACCAUGAUCUACAGCAGCGAGGAAGUCAGCCACGCCACGCCCAUGGUGCCGCGCGUGGCCGCAGCCCUGCAGCUGGCCGUCGCCCUCGCCCUCGCCGUUGUCGCCUUGUGUCUCGGCUUUUAGCGCGGCGGCCGCGCCGAGGCCACUGGCGGGCCCAGGGUUCACAUGCCCUCUGCCACUUCUGGGACGCCUACGACUGCCACCAAUCACAUUGUAACGUAACCAGAGCGAGAAGGAGAGGGAGAGACGUUACCGGUGGG